CAAUUUACUAUUUUGGCCCUUUUUAUGACCCCUGUACUUUCUGAAUUUCGUCACUUCAAUUUUCUCUUGAAUUGCUUCUAAAAUGCAGUUUAUGGAGUUCAGCCAUCAUAUUGUUUGUCUUAAUGAUGAUUCUUGUUGAUCUCAUGGGUGUAAUGGCAAUUCUAGAUAUUCAACUCAAUGCAGUCUCUGUUGUUAACCUGAUAAUGUCUAUCGGGAUUGCUGUUGAGUUUUGUGUGCACAUAUUGCAUGCAUUCUUGGUAAGUGAUGGGGAUAGGAGUCAACGGGUAAAUGAAGCUCUGAGCACCAUGGGAGCUUCAGUGUUCAGUGGAAUUACACUCACAAAGCUUGUUGGGGUGAUCGUGCUUUGCUUUGCGAGAUCAGAGAUUUUUGUGGUUUAUUACUUUCAAAUGUACCUGGCAUUGGUCAUUAUUGGUUUCUUGCAUGGACUUGUGUUCUUACCUGUGGUACUGAGCUUGUUUGGUCCACCCUCAAGACGUGUAAUGGUUGAGGAACAAGGAGAAGUCGUAGCAUCUACUUCAGUCUUGAAUUAGAUGGUAUUCAAAUAUCAACAUACCCUGAUAACUUUGUUGUUUAUAGCUAUGUAACCUCAAAUAGAAACUACAGCUACUUUUAACAAUUAGUUGAUAUAUUUUUACUCUCA